GCCCGUGCGCUGAGAGGAGUCGUCGCGGCCAUCCCUGCCGCCCUCGCCGGCCAUCAUGUCCGCCCAGGCGCAGAUGCGGGCCCUGCUGGACCAGCUUAUGGGCACGGCCCGGGACGGAGACGAAACCAGACAGAGGGUCAAGUUUACAGAUGACCGUGUCUGCAAGAGUCACCUUCUGGACUGCUGCCCCCAUGAUAUCCUGGCUGGGACGCGCAUGGAUUUAGGAGAAUGUACCAAAAUCCACGACUUGGCCCUCCGAGCAGACUAUGAGAUUGCAAGUAAAGAAAGGGACCUGUUUUUUGAACUAGAUGCAAUGGAUCACUUGGAGUCCUUUAUUGCCGAGUGUGAUCGGAGAACUGAGCUUGCCAAGAAGCGACUGGCAGAGAUGCAGGAGGAGAUCAGUGCAGAAGUUUCUGCGAAGGCAGAAAAAGUACAUGAGUUGAAUGAAGAAAUCGGAAAACUUCUUGCUAAAGCUGAGCAGCUGGGAGCUGAAGGAAAUGUUGAUGAAUCCCAGAAAAUUCUUAUGGAAGUGGAAAAAGUCCGUGCAAAGAAAAAAGAAGCUGAGGAAGAAUACAGAAAUUCCAUGCCCGCUUCCAGUUUUCAACAGCAGAAGCUGCGCGUCUGUGAGGUCUGUUCAGCCUACCUUGGUCUCCACGACAAUGACCGUCGCCUUGCAGACCACUUCGGGGGCAAGUUACACUUGGGGUUCAUUCAGAUUCGAGAGAAGCUUGAUCAAUUGAGGAAAACUGUGGCUGAAAAGCAGGAGAAGAGGAAUCAGGAUCGACUGAGGAGGAGAGAGGAGAGGGAGCGGGAGGAGCGGCUGAGCAGGAGGUCUGGUUCAAGAACCAGAGAUCGCAGGAGGUCGCGCUCCCGGGACCGGCGUCGGAGGAGGUCAAGAUCUACCUCCAGGGAGAGACGGAAGUCAUCCCGGUCCCGGUCCCGAGACAGACACCGGCGCCACCGCAGCCGUUCCCGGAGCCACAGCCGGGGCCACCGCCGGGCUUCCAGGGACCGGAGUGCGAAAUACAAGUUCUCCAGAGAGCGGGCGUCAAGGGAGGAGUCUUGGGAGCAUGGACGCAGUGAGCGAGGGGCCGCUGACUGGAGGCUGGAGAGCUCCAACGGGAAGACAGCUUCACGGAGAUCGGAGGAGAAGGAGGCUGGCGAGAUCUGAGCCUACAUCUGGGCCUGUAAAUAGUCUGUUAAACGUUUGACACAGCCUAAAGUACCCCUUUAUAUUUGCUGAAUACACCUCAUCUUUUGUAGUUUACAAUUUCUAUUGUUUCGGAGCUAGCUGUGAGUUUCUAGAGAUGUACAGAGUUGCUCCUGUGUUCUGGGGUUAUGUUGAGUAGGAAUAAAUAAAUCUGACAGACGGCCUCCUUAC